AUGUUAAUUCUAUCAGCUUUGCAAAAGUGCCAGAAAAUCACAAAUUUAACUCUUCAUCUCAGUCAGUCUAAUGUUAAUCUUGAUUUAGCUAAAAUAAUAGCUUCAGCUUUAGAAAAGUGUUAGAAUAUCACUAAUUUAACUCUAGAUCUUAGGCAAAAUAAUUUAUCUUAAGGAGAAUAGAAAGUAAUCUAUGAUUAAUUGAAAAAUACUUUGAAGAAAGCAAAAGAAAUAACUGUAAAAAUUUGA